AUGCCUCUCCUCCUCCAAGAAGUAAAAGAUGAAAAGGACUUCGACGAGAUCCUCCCUGUCCUCUAUGCUGCCUUCGGCGAACCCUAUAACUCUUUGCGUAAAUGGUUCAUUCCAGUCCAUACCACGGUCAAAGCAGCGGUUGAAGAUGCCAAAGCGCGGUACAUAAAGUCCUGGAAGCAACACGCUGGCAUCCACUGGGUCAAGGUCACGGAUGACAAUUCCGGUAGUAUUGUUGGAGCAGCCAAAUGGGAGGUUUGCGAGAGAGUGAGCCCAUCAAAUAAGCCACAGAAACCAAUUGACGCAUAUUGGCACAUUGAGGGCACAGAAGAGAAGGCUUUUGCUGGGCAACUUAUUACAAGCUUGAAAGGCUUUAUGAAAGACAGGAUGGCUAGACCUCAUAUUGAACUAGAACAACUGGCCGUACAUCCUGAUUAUCGUAAAAGGGGUGUUGGAAGGUUACUUACCAACUGGGGGAUUCAGAAAGCAGAUGACAUGGGAUUAGAAUGCUGUGCCGAGUCUGUCCGGUUUGCUGUACCCAUAUACGAAAGGUACGGGUUUGGCAACGUGGACUACCUCGAUCCAGACUUGACUACCUCUAAUCCAAGUGCGAGAUGGAAGGAGUACGAAGCAGAUGACUCACGCGUCUUCUUGAUGUGGCGGCCGGCAGGUCAUGAUUACCGGGCUGGAGAAGAUAAACUACCACUGCCAACUGCUUAG